AUGGCAGCACAAGAUCUCCCUAAUGAGGUCCUUGUAUAUAUCUUUAAGUAUUUGUCAAGCACUGACCGUAAAAGUGCCAGUCAAACAUGUCAGUCAUGGUAUUCAGCAGCUAAUGAUUAUUGUUUUCUUAGAAACAAAACAAUAGUAUUUUUUAAAACUGAUUUAAAUGCAGAAACAUCACCAAUUCAAAUAAUUGAAAAUUCUGUUGUUCCCUAUGACAAUUUUCUAUUUAGUGAAGUAGAAAUAUCAAGUAAAUUAAAUAAUUUCUGGAACAAAGUGGGAGAGAAUGUGAAAAGCUUAACUAUUCGAAAAUGUGAUAUCCACGAGAAAGUUAUAGAUAAUGUGUUAAAAAAAUGUACAAAUCUAGAAACACUAAAUAUACAAGGCUGUAAAGAGCUUUUUAUGUCAGGAUGCUUAUUAGAAAAAACUGAUGGUUGGAUAACUAAUGGUUUCAAGAAUUUAAAAAGUCUUAAUUUAUCAGAAAAUAAAUAUAUAACAGAUGCACUCUUCUACAGAUUUGUUAAAGGUGCUCCAGCACUGGAAGAGUUAUGCUUAUCUUUAUGCCCAUUACAGUUCCAUGGUGGGUUCAUUAAAAAGUUUUAUCCCAAUACAAGUAAUAUUUUUGAUAAUCCUUCAGAGUGUGUUUUUACAUUCUAUUUUGUUUUGCAAUUCAUUGCUUCUAGAGCCAAGUAUAUAAAGAAUUUGGUGUUUUCUAACACUCUCAUUGAUGGUGCAGCUUUGAAAUCUUUAUCUGAAAUAGCAGACUUAAAGUUAGAAAGCCUCCACCUAAAUACUUGUGAUCAACUUACAAAUGCAGGCAUUAUUGCAUUAACAAAACAUCAAAAAUCUUUAAAAGAACUUGAUAUUGGAUUAUGUACCAGAGUUACCGAUCAGUCUCUUAUGUAUAUUAGUGACAAUUUAAUAAAUUUAGAAUAUAUAAAUAUACAAAGAUGUAGAGCUGUCAGUAAUCUUGGUAUUACAGAAUUACACAAGCUUAAAAAAUUAAAAAAUCUUAAUAUUUCACAAUGUGAACUCAUCACACGAGAAGGUAUAGAAAAUGGUAUUAGCAAAGAAGAAAACAGAACAUUACAAGAAUUAGAUAUUAAUUCAUUAAACUUAGUUCAAUCUGGUAUUAUAAUGAUAUCUGAAACUCUGUCAAAUUUGAGAUAUAUAGAUUUGAGUUUUUGUUUCAAUGCAGUAACAGAUACAUCUAUACAAGUGAUAUUUAAAAAUCAAUUAUUAUUACACACCCUAAAAAUUAGUUACUGUGAUAAAGUAUCUGAUGCUGGUUUAACUGGCAUGGGGAAAAUAGAAACAGAAGAUGAAGAAGGGCCUGUAAUGUCUAAUUACAAUGAAGCAAGUGCGCCCAAUAGAAUACAUUUAGGUUCAAGAGCUGAAGAAGAAAUAAUUCGUGAUGCAAGAAGAAAACGUGAUGUUAUGAGAAUGUGUGAAAAAUUAACAAUGGAUUCUUACUCAGGAUACUCUUUGGCUCGAAUAAAGUCACUCAGAGAGUUAAAUAUAAGUGGUUGUAAUAGAAUUACAGAUGUGAGCUUAACCUAUGCAUUUUUUUUCAAAGAACUUCAAAGUUUGAAUUUAAGCAGAUGCCAACAAAUAACUGUUGAUGGAAUAAAACAUCUAGUCAAAAACUGCCCGAGUAUUGAGUACCUCAAUCUAAAUGAUUGUUAUAAUUUAAAAGAUGAUGCUGUGAUAGAAAUAGUGAAAGGAUUGCACAGAUUACAAUAUUUAGAAUUACGAGGAUGCAAUCAGUUGACAAAUAAAACAAUAGAAGCUGUAAUGGAUCAUUGCAAAAUACUGAAAAUGCUAGACAUUCAAGGCUGCCAUAAUAUAUCGGCAGAGUUGGGUUGCGCGCUAGGAACCCUGCCUACACUUCAUACUGUAUUGAUGUCUAAGCCAGGACCAUAUAUUACUGACGGAGUCAAGAAUAGAUCACCGGCACCCCCACUAUUGCCUUCAUUAUUGAGGAGGCUACGAUUGCAU